AAGUUCCUUAAAGACACAGUACGCUGUUGCUGAUUUUGGGGGGACGGAAUUAGGUGUCAGUUGGUCUCGUGUUAUAUUUGAAGAGAGUUUGUAGUGGACGUGUGGAUUAAGAAGGCAGACAAUGGAUACUGCUGCAACUCCCGGCAGCAGUUUUAGACAGCCCCUCAAAAGGCGGUCAAGAGCUCCGGGUCCAUCCAGUGCAACAGAUCCCCACCAGCUGUUUGAUGACACCAGUGCCUAUACCUUAUCUCAUGGAAGUGUUGCUGGGAGUCAGGGGACUCCAGGGCUGGGACAGAGUCCUCAGAACCAAACCCUCUUCUCAGAUCCUAUGUCUAAUCUUGCUGUCACAUAUGGAACAAGUCUGGCAAGUCAUGGGAAAGAUAUUGUUGACAGAAAUCUGGAUCGGUUUCUCCCAGUAAGCAAGCUGAAGUACUACUUUGCAGUCGACACAGUUUAUGUUGGAAAGAAGCUGGCACUUUUAGUCUUUCCCUAUAUGCAUCAGAAUUGGGAAGUGAUGUAUCAGCAAGACACUCCUGUUGCCCCAAGAUUUGAUAUUAAUGCUCCUGACCUGUACAUUCCAGCUAUGGCUUUCAUUACAUACAUACUGGUUGCUGGUUUAGCACUGGGAACGCAGAAUCGGUUUUCACCAGAGAUACUUGGAAUGCAAGCCAGUUCAGCUCUUGUAUGGUUGAUUAUUGAAGUAUUAGCAAUUUUGUUUGCUCUCUAUCUGGUGACCGUGAACGCUGAUUUAACCACUAUUGACCUGAUUGCUUUCUCUGGAUAUAAAUAUGUUGGAAUGAUUUUUGGAGUUUUAUCUGGACUGCUGUUUGGUAAAAUAGCUUAUUAUUUGGCACUGGGUUGGUGCUGCAUUGCAGUCUUCAUAUUCACGGUAAGCUACGUAGACAUUUAUUAUUUUUAUGAAAGCAUUGUAGUAACCUUACUGUGA